AACUUGCACAAUUUUUAUUUAACUGAAAUAUUCAUUUUAUGACAAAUAAACCUUGCAAUGUGUUGCAAUACAUUAUUCUAGUUUAAAAUAAUACACGAUAACCAGUAGACAAUCAACUUCAUAACAACAUACCAGUUGUUAACAAAAUUGUUUUACAAAAAGUUUAUAGUGCAUUUUAGGAAAAUAACAUUGCUGUUCAAUUUAAUGUAUAACAUAGUGAUGAAAUAUUAAAAGUCUUAUAUUUUUAAAGACAAAAUGUCAGAUAACAAUUUACCACAUAUUUCAUAUGGACUUGAUCCUCCUGGUAGUAUAGUACGCAUUGAAUCUGAGAUUAGAUCUAUUAGUCGUCUUUCAAGUAUAGAGGAAACUUUAAGAAGAUUUGGCACCAGAAGGCCAGAAAGACAGACUAAUGAAUUGAAUAAUGAAGCGCAGGAUGUUCAGGCUGCAAUAGUUGCACCUAAUGAAGAACCUAUUGCACCUGUUGCAAUAUCUAAACCUACAGAGAAUGUGCAACAAAGUGAUGUGACUGAUGGUGCAUCUUCUCCAAAUCAACCAGAAAUUAAUGCAUCAGCGGUAAAUUCUGAAGACGACAAAAGAUAUUGUUGGGUGUGUUUUGCAACAGACGAAGAUGAUGCAACAGCAUCAUGGGUAAAACCAUGUCAUUGUCGCGGUACAACUAAAUGGGUUCAUCAAGGAUGUAUACAAAGAUGGGUCGACGAGAAACAAAAAGGACGAGCGGGUGCACAUGUAGCAUGUCCGCAAUGUAAUACGGAGUAUAUUAUUGUAUAUCCAAAUAUGGGUCCGUUAGUUAUAGUACUGGAUACAAUUGAUGGAAUAAUUUUUCGUAUCUGCCCUUUUAUCGCGGCUAGCAUAGUUGCUGCAUCUAUAUAUUGGACUGCUGUAACAUAUGGAGCUGUCACUGUUAUGCAAGUAGUUGGCCUUAAAGAUGGUCUAGCUAUGAUGGAGCAAGCUGAUCCUUUGGUGUUAUUAGUUGGUUUGCCAACUAUUCCAAUAUUAUUAGUUUUGGGUAAAAUGUUAAGAUGGGAAGAUCAGGCACUUAACCUUCUGAGGAGACACGCGUGUAAAGUUCCUAUUUUAAGGCAUUUUUUACCCAGUAGUUAUUCAAGUGAUGACAGAGUACAAUCUGAGGAAGUGCCACCUAUGAGUGAUCCAGUAUCAGCGACGCGCAUUCUUUGUGGUGCACUUUUAUUGCCGAGUAUUGCCAGCAUAUGUGGAAAAAUAUUUUUUGAAAGUAUACACUCCAAUUUUCAAAGGACGUUACUUGGAGGUAUAGCAUUUAUAACAAUAAAAGGUGCAUUCAAAAUUUAUCAUAAACAACAGCAAUAUGUAAGACAGUGUCAGCGUCGGAUAAUGGAUUAUACGGAGAGUAACGUCGCACUGUAUAGAAGACAGCAAAAUUCUGAAACUCAGACAAGUUAAAUGCAUGUAAACUACCUUUCAAGAAUAUAUUAUCAAAGGACAGUAUAUCGUUUCAGAUGUAGAAUAAUUAAACUUUUUAGAAUACUUUUAUCGUAAAUAUGGAUUUCCAAUAUACCAUCUACUUUUAGCAAUAUAAAUGUAUGGGUACUGUAAUCAGGUUUAACGGAUACGUACGUUGUUCUCCAUAUAUAUGUAUGGAAAAUGUGAUUAUAUACAUAAAUUCAAUCGGUAAAAUAUUGUGUCAGGUGUGGAAUAUUUUAUUCAAUGGAAUAACAAUAAUGUCCAUUCACCUUCUUACUUAAUAACUAAAAAUUGAGUAAUGGUAAUAUUUCCUUACCAUAAUUCAAUUUCGUCUGUUUCAAAUUUAAUAAUUACAUAAUGAAGCGAUACUAUUUAUUAUACUAAAAUUACAAAUUUCCUGUACAUUGAGAAAUAAGCAACAGUAUCUUCGGUAAAAGUUAUUCAUAUUUUGACUGCUUGGAAAAGGGGACGGUAUUUUCAAAAAUUUAUUUCUGUCAUAGAUAAGUCUUGAAUUAAACAUAUUAAUAUAUUUAGUAAAAAAAUUUUGGAACAAAACUUUAUUUUAUGUAAAUGCCUUAAUUUGCUGUAGAUAUAAGAAAUUAGUAAAUAUCAAUUCAAAUCGAUA